AUGGCCUUCACACUGGUGAUCCUGCUGCUGCCACUCCUGGUCUCGCUGGCCUCGGCAUCACAUCACUAUGGUGCAACCUCGACCUUCACCUACAAGGGGAAAAACCCUGAUGGCUCCCACAGGGGCGCCACUACCUGUGAGGGCAAAGAGACAAGCAUGGUGGUCAACAACCACAGCUGGACCCACAACCACAGCUCCAAACACAAACUCGUGGUGGUGGUGGUCGCAGCCAACCACAACCGUAGCUCCAACCACAACCUCAUGGUGGUGGUGGCAGCCAACCACAACCGUAGCUCCAACCACAACCUCAUGGUGGUGGUGGCAGCCAAACACAACCCUGCCCCCACAACCACGACUACAACUGCUCCCACAACCACAACUACAGCUGCCCCCAGAACCACAACUACAGCUGCUCCCACAACCACAACUACAGCUGCUCCCACAACCACAACCACAACGUACCCUGGCGCCACUGGUCCUCUCAGUAAACUACCUUUGCAUUUCUCUUUUCUGGUGGACCCUCCUGCUCCAUCAUGUCAGGAGGGGCUCUACUUGCCAAGGUUGUUGCCCCCAACACCUGCAAAUGGAGUACGCAUCCAGGCAGAGAUCAACAAAGAACUGGAGAUAAAAGUCAAAGCACAAGCUUCGGCAGCAACAGUGAUUGAUAUCAUCAUAAGUGGGCCCUUGAAUAUCAGCAAGCACAGGACCACAAACGGCGAUUUUGCCAUUAGGUGGACACCUAUCACGGACGAACUGGGAAAUUCUUUCUCAGUCUGCUUUGCUGUUGAAGCCAUGGCAGGGUCGAGCAUCUACCAGUCUGAGAUGAGGUGUGUUGUGGUGGACGUUGUGGAUCAGAAAGUUAAAUCCUAUGUGAGCUGCAGUGAGUCCGCAAUGACAGUAGAGAUUGAGAAAUCUUCAUUCCCUCGACUCAGUGAGGAUCAUUUGCGGCUCAAUGACCCCACCAACACCGUCUGCAGCCUCCAGAGACACUCCAACAGCACUCAUGUCGUCGCUGUCAUCCCCCUCAACGCUUGUGGCACUCAGAUCGAGGAAGAUGAGGACAACCUGAUUUUCACAAAUGAAAUCACCACCAUCGACAGAAGGACGGAUGUGAUCACCAGGAAACACCUGCUGGAAGUGCAGGUUUGCUGUCAGUACCCAAAACGGGGAAAUGUGUCACAGAGCUUCACCGUGCACAGGCCGAACGUAACGGUCUGGGAGAAAGGCUACGGCAAGUUUACCUACGGGUUCGAGUUCUAUCCUGACAGCACAUUCAGAACCAUGGUGGAUCCAAAUUCGUACCCUCUGGAGUACGAGAUAGGGAGCAGGGUUUUCAUGCAGAUCGAGGCCACCUCUUCAAUCAACAACACCGAGCUGUUUGUGGAAUCCUGCACCGCUGCACCAUAUGACAACCCAAACUCCAGGCCAAAAUACACCAUCAUUGAAAAUGGGUGUAACGUGGACUCGACUCUUCAAAGAUACACCCCUAACCACCAGAGACAGUUCAAGUUCAGCAUGGAGGCCUUCAAGUUCAUCGGUCAGAAUAACCAGGUGUACAUCAGCUGUUCAGUCAUGAUGUGUGAAGCAGGGAACCCCAACACCAGGUGUGCACAGGGAUGCAUCAACUCCACCCAGCCAGGUGGUCACAACAUCGCAAAGAGAGAGGUUGUCACCCAGACUUCAAGGCACCUGGUUUCCCAGGGUCCCCUCCGCUUAAAGAGAUCAGCAGAAGGUGCUGAAAGUCCAGUGAUGAACCUGAACCUGAACCUGGUCUUCAUCGCUGGAUGUCUUCUUGCAGCUGUCGGCAUGAUCAGUGCUGUGGUCAUGUACAAAACCAAAGUGUCAAAGGUCAAAUACCAACCUCUGCCCACAUUCGAGAGUUAAACAACUGUGUGAGCAGAAUAUAAGAUCUGUUUUUUAUUAAGUUUGAAGAUAUGAAGCUCUUGAUGAUGGGUGUCGGGUGUCUUUUUUAAACAAAUGCAUGUAUCUUACAUACAGAAAUUUUUACAUUAAAUGAAACUUAAAAUGAAGGAUGAACAGCUGGUGCUGCAGCUGUUGGCUAUUCACGUGUUGUGUUUACUGUCGUGGGAUUCAAUGUAACCUUACAACUGUUUCUACUUUUAUGUAUUACAGUAUGAUCUAUCUUCAUUUAUGUGUGUAAUCUGUUAAAAUGAUAUCUGAAUAUGCCAUCUGUCAAAUUCCUCCUCAGCAUAUCACCAGAGUCAACAGAUGUUUGCAUAGAAUUUAAUAAGAAUUUGAUUUGUUUUUAGACUUUUUUAGAUAUUUGCUUAGUUUAAUCAUUUCCUUGUUAAGCAUAAUAAAUAAACCAUAAAAAA